AUGACAAAUACUUACUGCAUACUGUGCAAGUGGGGAGAACCACAUUGUUUUAAAUUUUCUUGGCUUGGGCCCAGAUUUGGUGCAGAACAAGAUAGAAAUUGUUCUGAUCCCAAGUUUAAAACCAUUCCUUGUAUCGAACCAUUUGAAGUUAAUCCAUCACUUCCAAAUUUCACCGACAUAUGGCACAAUAAGAAUCGAUCGGAAUAUGGAUGUCUUUUAAGACCAGGUUACAGUUGUGUAAAGUAUACGUACAAAUUCAACAAUGCUAUUGUCAACAGCUCAUUUUUUUGUGGAAAAAUGGUACGAGAUACAAUUAAUGUCAUUGAAAAAGGUUGCUUCACUCAAAAGGUAGGUGGUUACGAAUUCGAAGCAUGUACUUGCAGAUCAAAAAACUCACGACAUAUACCGUGGUACAAAUAA